AUGGCGUCUCGUCCGCAGCUUACACCCCUCUUCAGACGACUCUCGAGGGCCCCUGCCCAAUUGAGCAGGAAAGCGGCACUUCCAGUCCGUCAGACCCGGUUUCUCCCAUCCCGUCUCCUCAGCACAUCGCGGCCGCGCCUUUUCCGCAGCACGGCGCCUGCUGCUGCUGUUGUAGGGGGCAAGUUCACCAGUGAGACUUAUCCGGACCUCAAGCGCGACAGCAGAUUUGCUCAGAUCACCCCUGAGCAUGUGGCUUACUUCAAGGACCUGCUUGGCGAGGCUGCUGUGAUUGAUGGCGUCACACGCAACGAUACAGCCGAUGACAUCGAGCCGUUUAACAUGGACUGGAUGCGCAAGUACCGUGGUCACUGCCAGCUGGUUCUAAAGCCUGGCACAACUGAGGAGGUCAGCAAGAUCCUCAAGUACUGCAACGAUAACAUGCUGGCUGUUGUGCCACAGGGCGGCAACACUGGCUUGGUCGGUGGUUCAGUGCCCGUCUUUGAUGAGAUCGUCAUCAAUAUGAGCCGUAUGAACAAGAUCCUGGACUUUGACGAAGUCAGCGGCACCCUGGUUGUCGAAGCUGGCUGCAUUCUCGAGGUGGCCGACCAGUUUCUGGCUAGCAAGGGCUACAUAUUCCCUCUAGACCUGGGCGCAAAGGGUUCGUGCCACGUCGGCGGCAACGUCGCCACCAAUGCCGGUGGCCUGCGCUUGCUCCGCUACGGCAGCCUUCACGGCACUGUGCUUGGCCUCGAAGCCGUGCUUGCCGAUGGUACUGUCGUGGAUGAUCUCUGCCGGUUGCGCAAGAACAACACUGGCUAUGACCUCAAGCAGCUGUUCAUCGGUUCUGAGGGCACCAUUGGCAUCAUCACCAAAGUGUCCAUUCAGUGCCCUCAGCGCUCUGCUGCUCAGAACGUGGCCUUUUUCGGCCUGGAGUCCUUCGAGAAAGUCCAGCAGGCUUUCCGCGAGGCAAAGAGCCAGCUGUCUGAGAUUUUGUCUGCCUUCGAGCUCAUGGAUGAGGGCAGUCAGGCUCUAGUGCACCAAGUGACCAAGAACCAACGCCCCCUAGAGGGUCAAUAUCCCUUCUACUGCCUGAUCGAGACCAGCGGCUCUAAUGCUGAGCACGACAGCGAGAAGCUCUCAGCCUUCCUUGAGGAUGUCAUGGAGAAGGGUAUCGUGGUUGACGGCACGUUGGCCGAGAACGAGACACAGAUCAAGUCUUUGUGGGCCUGGCGUGAGGGUAUCCCCGAGGCUUUGAGCCAUCUUGGUGGCACGUACAAGUACGAUGUCUCCAUUCCUCUUAAAGAUCUGUACAAGCUGGUUGAGGAUACACGGGCUCGUGUCGAGCAGGCUGGCUUGUUGGGCGAUACCGACGAGCACCCCGUGCGUGCCGUGGUUGGAUACGGCCACAUGGGUGACGCCAACCUCCAUCUGAACGUCUCAACUAGGCAUUAUGACUCGCGGGUCGAGCAGGUUCUGGAACCCUUCAUCUAUGAGUGGAUUGCUGAGCGCCAGGGCAGCAUCAGCGCCGAGCAUGGUCUCGGUUUGAUGAAGAAGAAGUUCAUUGGGUACAGCCGUAAUCCCACUAUGGUGGGCUUGAUGAAGAACAUCAAGAAUGCGUUUGAUCCGGUAGGUUUCUAA